AUGUCUGGACUCGUGCUGACCCCGGAGGAAGAGGCUCAUCUUUACGACACUAGACAGCCCGCACUCUGGGGUUGUCUAAUCGUUUUCCUUGUUAUUAACAAUGUAGCUAUCGUCGGAAGGCUAUGGGGAACAUGGACUUCAAUAAUAAGCCGUUCGCGGGUUAUGGCCGAGGAUGUAUCGAUCGUGUUGAGCGGUAUCCUUGUGAAUGCUAUUAUCGCAAACCUCAUGGUAGCAACCCACUACGGGCUCGGCUUACACGUUUUCGCUAUAAACUUCCUAGAUGCCGAAUAUCCCGCAAACUUGUCUAAGACUUUUAGACAUAUCUGGAUCACCAUGGUUCUGAUGGGAAGCUUUUUCACCAGUAUAAAGAUGACGCUACUUUUCUUUUACAGACGACUGUUCCUAGUGUCCAACAAGAAACUCCGCAUCUUCUGGUGGGUCAACUUCGUCUAUGUUGUCCUAUGGUUCUUCGGCGCAACGAGCUUCUACCUAUUCCAGUGCAAGCCCGUGCGAUGGUACUUCCUCCAAUAUUACGAACGAUUCCACAAACCCGUACCUGGAAACAUAAAAGGAAAUUGUGAUGCCACAAGUGUGCUUCAUGUGGCACUGCCCCCUAUUUUCAGUCUUGUGUCAGACAUUGGUCUCUUGAUAUUACCAAUUUCGGCUAUUUCCCAGCUGCGACUCGACAAGAAUAAGAAACGUGGCCUUAUGGUCGUCUUCGGCAUCGGCUUAAUUGCCUGUUUCCUUGAACUGGCUCGCGUACUGGUCCUCCUCCUCGAUACCGAUGAUAAGACUGAUCCCAGCUAUGGAGUCGCCGUAUUCUUAAUACUCACUGCCGCUGAGGAGACUACCGCAGUAGUGUGCGCUAGUCUACCCGUAAUCGUACCUCAGCUAGUCAGGAGGUUCAAAGCCAGGACUGGGAGUAAUAGUUACGUCUACGACAAAAACGCAGCUCAAGCCUCUUCCGAGAGACGGAGCGCCCGUGGCUUCAAGCGUAUGGCCAGCUUGAACCAUAUCUGGACUAUGCCAACAACCGUUGACGCUUCUAAAGUGGAUAAUUCCAACGAAGACGGCAUCCCCCUGACUACUAUUGAGAUUACGGGGAACACGGCUACGAAGGACAUUAGGCAUGGUGGUGCUUCGAACUACAUACAACUCCAACCACUUGAUCACCGACACGUUUCCCUGACGGCAGCCAGAUUAAUCAGGCGGUAA